AUGUGGCGUUAUCGCUGUGAUCAGGAAAUUCCAGUAUUCAGGGAGACAGUGGAACUUUCUCAAGUGGAACUUUUUAACGUCGCGUGUGUUCGGUCGCGGUCCGUCGUGUCAAACCAGUUGACAGUUGUUUUUCGUUCGUCCCAUUUUUUGUUUCUCAGUUGUAUUUUUUUUUUUCAAUAUUUCUUACUUUUUUCUUUUCUUCUUUCUUUUUCUUUUCUUCUUUCUUUUUUUCUUUUCUUCGUUCUUUUUUCUUUUCUUCUUUCUUUUUUCUUUUCUUCGUUCUUUUUUUCUUUCUUUUUUCUUUUCUUAUUUUUUCUUUCUGCUUUCUUUUUUGUUUUCUUCGUUCUUUUUUGUUUUCUUCUUUCUUUUUUGUUUUCUUUCUUUUUUCUCUUCUUCAUUCUUUUUUCUUUUCUUCGUUCUUUUUUCGUUUCUUCAUUCUUUUUUCUUUUCUUCAUUCUUUUUUCUUUUCUUCGUUCUUUUUUCUUUUCUUCUUUCUUUUUUCUUUUCUUCUUUCUUUUUUGCUUUCUUCUUUCUUUUUUCUUUUCUUCGUUCUUUUUUCUUUUCUUCGUUCUUUUCUUUCCUCUUCCUUCUGCUUCCUUGAUUCUUUUUUUUCUCGCUAGUCCUUCUUCGACUCUAUGGCCUUCUUGA